AUGCAUAGUGGAGUCUUUAAAGGUUGUGCGGAUCAUGAAGGCGCUACGCCAAACCUCGAUCUUCGACUUGAAGGGAUUUUUGUCAUACCAGAGUUUUUAUCGAUUAUGGAUGAAGGAAAUUUGGUUAGGUUCCUUGAUGAGUCGUCGUCGUUUUCUGGUUGGAAGCAUUCUCAGAGUGGAAGAAGGAAGCAAGAUUUUGGUCCGAGAGCCAACUUUAAAAAAAGAAAACUUAAUACUUCUGGUGUAAUUGGUAUGCCUAAAGAGUUGGAGAGUAUCAUGAAAAGGAUCCAGUUGGUUGUAAGACAGCUAACUAUGAAGGAGUACCAUAUAGUUGAGGUCUCCGCGUUAGAGUAUACCAAUGCCAACAGCAGUAGUAUUGACCCUCAUAUUGAUGAUACUUGGCUUUGGGGUAAUCGUAUUGGUGGACUAAAUCUGUUAGAAGAUACCGUCAUGACGUUUGUGAAUAGUGAAGGAGCAGCUGUUGACGUGUUUCUACCUCGUGGCGCAUUCUUUCUGCUAUCAAAUGUUAGUCGCUAUGAUUGGCUGCAUGGUAUUCGCUUAGAGAAUAUUAAAAAACGCCGCAUAUCCUUCACGUUCAGAGAGUUUUCUGAUGCUUUAGACGUCGAUGAUGAAGUUAUUAAGGAUGUGAUGAAAAGGACCUCCAUCUUUGUCUAG